AUGGAAGGGUUGAGGACUAUGGGUCCAGUCGCAGGACCCUUUUCUGAAGAGAAGCUAGUGUGCCAAUUCACUGGAAACAUGAUCCAUUCAAAGGGCAUUUUUCUUGGAGAUGACCCUUUUAAUUUUAGCUUGCCUAUGCUCUUGGCACAGGGCAUUCUGAUUCUGCUUUUAACCAGAACCACUUACUACUUUCUGAAACCUCUUGGACAGGGUAUGAUCUCAGCACAAAUUAUAGCUGGUAUUAUCAUGGGCCCCUCCAUUCUAGGACAUGAUGGGGCUUAUGCAGAGAAGUUGUUUCCACCAGGAGGCAAAUUGGUACUUGAAACACUCGCAAAUGUUGGCUUCAUGCUUCACCUCUUUUUAGUAGGAUUGCAGAUGGACCCAAGGAUAUUAAAAAAGGCUGGGAAAACUGCAGUUCUAAUAGGCAUUGGGGGUUUCAUAUUGCCUUAUGGACUUGGUGAAUUGGCGUUUAUCAUCAUACAUCAUGUGAUGACUCUUGAUAGGAAAUUAUCGGUUUCCAUUCCUUUCAUGGUGGCACUAAAUUCUAUGACUUCCUUUGUUGUUGUUAGCAGCCUCCUUACUGAUCUUAAUAUUCUGAAUUCAGAGCUGGGCCGCUUAGCUACCCAGACAUCCAUGGUCAGUGACUUGUGUAGCUGGUUCAUGGCUACAAUGAUGAACACAGUAGGCAUUGCCGCCCGUGACUCAGAUUGGAUGUUGCUAUGGUCUCUGAUAUGGCUGCUCAUCUUUCUUAUCAGCAUUGUGUUUGUCUUCCGGCCAAUAAUAAUCUGGAUAUCGAAACAAACUCCAGAAGGAGAACGAAUGGACGAAGUUCUCUUCUUCAUCAUCAUUGUAAUGAUAAUGGGUUGUGCAUUCUGUGCUGAGGUCCUUGGCCAGCAUGCUGCCUUAGGCCCUUUAGUGUUAGGCAUGGCUCUCCCUGAUGGACCACCAAUUGGAACAAUUUUACUGCAGAAGUUUGAUACUAUGGUUACUGGCUUGCUACUGCCAAUUUUCUUUGCUCUCAGUGGCUCAAAAACGAAACUGUUCUCCCUAGGAAAAGGAAUGUUUCCCUUCAUGGUCGAGUUCAUCAUCAUUUUGGGCUAUAUAGGGAAGUUCACAGGCACACUUAUUCCAGCAAUCUUCUCUGGUGUUCCUCGCUGGGAUUCUUUAUGUCUUGCUAUGAUCAUGUGUUGCAAAGGCAUUAUCGAGGUUGCCACAUACAGCAUGUGGAAGGAUAGAAAGAUCUUAAGCUACCAAUCCUAUAGCCUUCUGUUAAUCACCAUGCUGAUUGUCACAGGGGUCUGCAGACCCAUUGUCGGUUACCUUUAUGAUCCAGCAAGUAGUCACAUGUCCUAUAGCAGAAAAAGCAUUAUGUACCCUAAGCAUGAUUCGGAGUUUCGAAUAUUGGUCUGCAUCCACAAUGAACACAAUGUGUCCACCAUUAUAAACCUCCUUGAAGCCUCACAUGCCACCAAAAGCAGCCCCAUCUCCAUCGUUGCCCUUUGCCUCAUGGAGCUCACUGGCAGUUCAUCAUCUGUUCUUGAAUCAUAUGACUCGAAAAAGAAACUCACUUCUGGUGUAACCCACUUGGGGCAUAUUAUCAAUGCCUUCAACUAUUAUGAGCAGCACAACCAUGGGCGUGUGACAGUGCAGCAUUUUACGGCCAUUGCACCUUAUUCAAGCAUGCAUACAGAUAUAUGUGCUAUAGCACUAGAGAUGAGGGCGAACAUAGUUAUCGUCCCCUUCCAUAAGCAGAUGGCCUUUGGUGGAACAGAGGAAGCUACAGCCACCUCUAUUAAGACUGUAAACCUGAAUGUCAUUGAUAAGGCUCCUUGCUCUGUUGGGAUCCUGGUUGACAGGGGCCACAUUGGUGGGCACAGGUCAUUUGUGGCUGGGCAUUCAUUGUACCAUAUUGCUUUGCUCUUUCUUGGUGGGGCUGAUGAUCGAGAAGCUCUUUCAUACAGCAGACGUAUGGCUGAGGAUCCAAAGAUAAGACUCACGGUUGUCUGUUUUAGACCAUGGGGGGAGCAGGCUUACACUGAAGAAACUGAGGAGUAUCUUGACAAAAAGCUGAUGAAUGAGUUUAAGGCUGAUGCAGUGGACAAGAUUGUUUACAGUGAAGUCAUUGUUAAAGAUGGGGAAGGAACAACACAGGUGAUUCGGUCCAUGGAGGAAGGUUUUGAUUUAUUUAUAGUGGGUAGACACCAUGAUAAGUCUCCAUUUACAUUAGGCCUUACUGAAUGGCAUGAAUGCACCGAGCUUGGGCUGAUUGGGGAUAUGCUGGCCGGUUCAGAUUUUCUCUUUUCGGUAUUGGUGGUGCAGCAGCAGCCAUUUGGAUUAGGGGUGCAAGAUCUCAGCCUCAAUGGGGCUUCAUGAUUUCUGGGACUAUGAAGAUGCUAAAGAUUGCAAGCUA